CUCUGCUAUAACCAACCGCUUCAAGUUGUUCGCUAUAAACUUUCCAGUCCCCAGAAGACAAGGUUCAGGAGAGAAGAAAAAAACGUGUAUUUUGUUUGCGCUGCAAAAUGUAUGAAAAUAUGGAUGUGAGACAGAGAAAAGUGUUCAAACUGCCGACCAACACAGAGAAGUAUCGUGAAGCACAUCCCAACGACGGUUACAUCGGCGAGGAUCACGACGAAACGGACGAGUUUAGGAAGAUGGUGGACAGUUACAGCGAAACUGGGAGACAGAAGCGUGUGGUGAAUGAGGAGAGGUCUCUUGCAGGUCCCUGGCUCCUAGCUCUCUUUGUCUUUGUGGUGUGUGGAUCAGUUGGACAGAAGGACGUGUAGAGAGAGAGGGGAUGUGCUCGGUCACAGAGCCACAUAGAUAGUCACUAUGGACUUGUGCUUUAAUGUGUGGACCAGCUAUGUUCCAGAUAAUCCAACGUGUCAGACAGGGGUUGUGAUGGUCAAAGAUCAGCACCUUCUCCUCGUGGGAAACCCCGUCAACCCAUCCCUGAUACACAGGUCUUCAUCCUCCUCUCUCUGUCAAGUUAAACAUCAGUUGAUUCUACAUACUGUGAAUUAAUGUCUCGCUCUCUCAUCUCUUGUCCUCUCUCUCUCUUUUGGUGUCAAACUAUGUCCAGGACUGUCUUUUGUUAAUAUUGAUUGGUCUGUAUUGGUAAUGUUGAAACAUGAAAUGUGUUUUCCAUCUAGUUAUUGAAAUAACCAUUUUGUUUAUGGAAAGUUAAUGCCUGUUCUCCUGUCUCAUCUGAUCUGUACUCUGUUAGUAACACUGAUCCCAGGUCAGUUUGGUAUUGGUCCCUCUGUAGGCUACUGUUGGGAUGUGGGGAGAGAACCACUGCUCUAGGGUCAGUCUCAUCGUGUUGGUCCACUCUUUCUCUUCAUGUCUCUUUCAAUAAAAAAUGCUUUAUUAAUGCUU